GGUUCCAUUCAUUAGUUGGGGUACACUAUCCGUCUGCUGAAGCUCCCAUGGCGAAGCGCUUGAUCCCAUCUCUGAAUCGUGUUUUGGUGGAGAAAAUCAUCCCUCCAUCGAAAACGAACGCAGGAAUUUUACUCCCCGAGAAGACCAACAUGCUCAACUCUGGUAAAGUUGUUGAAGUGGGUCCUGGAGCUCGCGAUCGAGAUGGGAAACUUAUUCCUGUUAGUUUAAAGGAGGGAGACACUGUACUCUUACCUGAAUACGGAGGAACAACGGUAAAACUUGAUGAUAAAGAGUAUCAGCUGUAUAGAGAUGAUGAUAUACUGGGGACACUGCAUGAUUGAUGUACCUUAUGGAUCGUGACUGGGUUAGGAAAUUUUUUUUUUGUAUGGUGGAUCCUGUCGGAAUGCGGGAGUUUGUAGCAUGCAGAACAGUAGUAGAGUUGAAUUGGGGGUUGCAUUUUAUCAAGUAGUGGUCUGGUAACUCUGGUUUCAAUUUUAUGAAAACAAAUGACAGUCAUUAUUCCAUAAACAACUAUUAUGUAAUUGAAGCAUUUCUCUUGGAUGCUUUCUUGAUUCUAAUCAAAUACUUUUGCAUUGAUGUUUGAUAA